AUGGCUCCUCGGAAUCAGAACAAGCCUCCGCGGAAUCACCCGGAUAAAACGGGUAGUGCUGAAGAAAUUGAAGCUGAAAAGAUGGGGAGAGCCAGGGCACCGUUAACUGCAGUGGUGAACAAUGCCAGUACCAGCAACACAGAGGGAACGGAAUCUAACACGAUUGAGUUCACUAAAGAGGAUAUAGAGGCAUUGCUUAAUGAAAAGAUGAAAAAGGGGAUGAGUGCUCUUGAUUACAAGAAAAAAAUGGACCAGAUGGUGGAUCUUAUUAAGCGGCUUAAGAUUUGUGUUCGAUGGUGCUUCAAUGAAAAUGAAAAACUGCAUUCUGAAGUAGAGUCUGCUGUUAAAAAGUGUUGUGAUACCGAGAUUGAGAUGGAGAACAAAAAUGUGGAGCUGAGCGAUACUAUAUCCAAUAUGAGAAACACAAUUUCUUCCUUAGAAGAGAUAAAUGCAAAGGAAAAGUCAGAAAAGUUGGUAGCAAUUGAUGAUAAUAUGAAACUACAGCAGUGCAAUAGUAGUCUUCAAUCAGAUUUGAAAUCAGCUAAUGAGGCUUAUAGACGACUUGACAUGGAGAAAACAAUCAUUGUUGAGAGCCUUAAUGCUACAAAAGAUCUUAAUAAGGAAUUGCAGGAUCGAUUGAAAUCUCUUAAAGAUUCACAUAGUGAAGCUAUAAAGCAUAAAGAAAUGUUAGCAAACGAAGUUAUAUGUCUCCGUGAAGAACUAAAAAAAAUAAUGGAUGAUCGUGAUCGCCUACAAGGACAACUAAAUGCUGUAAUGUUAGAACGGGAAAAAUACAUAAAAUUUAAGUAUGAAACAUUUUCAAAAUUGGAUAAAUUGGCAAGUAAAACAGAGGCACUAGAGAAUACUUGUUCCUCUCAAAAGGAGAAAAUUACUUUACUGGAGAAAAAGUUAUGCGAUGAAAGGGAGAAGUUAGAGAUGGCUGAUUUAUCUGCUUUGAAAGCAAGAGAAAUGUUUGAAGAGAAACAAAGUAUCAUUCGUGAACUACAAGAUCAGUUGGCAGAUAAAGAAUUUCAAGUAGUUGAAGGGGAAAAGUUAAGAAAAAAACUGCACAACACUAUAUUGGAGCUGAAAGGAAAUAUUCGUGUGUUUUGUCGUGUGCGACCUUUACUACGAGAGGAUCGUUCUGAAAUGAAUAUGGUUGUUUCUUAUCCAACGUCAAUAGAAAUGCUUGGCCGUGGCAUUGAGUUAGGUCAAAAUGGACAGAAACAACUUUUUACAUUUGACAAGGUGUUUAAUCAUGAUGCCUCUCAGCAUGAUGUUUUCACUGAAAUAUCACAACUGGUCCAAAGUGCGCUCGAUGGCUACAAGGUAUGCAUUUUUGCUUAUGGACAGACGGGUUCAGGAAAAACCUACACAAUGGUGGGUAGACCGGAUGCUCCAGAACUGAAAGGGAUGAUACCACUUUCCUUAGAACAGAUAUUUCAGACAAGUCAGUCUGUUAAAGACCAGGGCUGGAAUUAUAAAAUGCAGGUAUCAGUAUUGGAAAUAUAUAACGAGACCAUCAAAGAUUUGUUAUCAAAUCGGUCAAGUGGGUUUGACCAAACACGAGCAGAAAAUAGUGUUCACGGAAAACAAUAUUCUAUUAGACAUGACAAAAAUGGAAACACACAUGUUUUGGACCUCACCAUUGUCGAUGUUUGUAGUGCUGCUGAAAUUUCCUCCCUCUUGCAAAAGGCUGCCCAAAUCAGGUCAAUGGGAAGAACACAAAUGAAUGAACAGUCAUCAAGAAGCCACUUUGUGGUUACUCUGCGCAUAUGUGGUAUAAACGAGAACACUGAACAACAAGUACAAGGUGUCUUGAACCUCAUCGAUUUGGCUGGAAGUGAAAGACUUUCAAGAAGUGGGGCCACCGGAGACCGAUUAAAGGAAGCUCAGGCUAUCAACCAAAGUCUCUCCUGUUUGAGCAAUGUCAUAUUUGCUUUGGCAAAGAAAGAAGAUCAUGUACCCUUUAGGGAUUCAAAACUCACACAUCUACUCCAGCCAUCUCUUGAAGGGGAUUCCAAAACUUUGAUGUUUGUCAACAUCUCACCGGAUCAAUCAUCAAUUGACGAGUCACUUUGCUCUCUUCGGUUUGCGGCUAGAGUGAAUGCUGUGAAAUUGGGGUCUCAAAGCGUAAGACCUAAACAUACUCAUGGUGUUUAG